AUGAGAUCCGUCGCCGCCUGCACUCCGCUCAUCUGUGCUCUGCUGCUGCUAGUCCUGCAUUGCCUGGUCCGCGCGCCAAGCUUGGCACCUGUAGAUCGCGAUGGUGCAGCGUCGGGAGAGAGGCUCCGGUUCCAGCCGCGGAAGCUGCUGCGGGUCGCGGACGCAAUGGCAGCGGCGGGCACACAGCCGCUGAACGCUGCUGCUGCUGCUGCUGCCACGGCGGCAGGGGAGAGCUGCGGCGUCGGCGUCGGCGUCGGCGCAAGCCUGAAGAAACAGACGCCGAGCAGGUCGAAUCCGAGGCAGAAUUAG